AAUUCUGCAAGUGGUUCUGAUUUACUAUCGCUGAUCUCUAGCUGGUCUAAAACCGCUUUUGACCUAAAGGGAUGCUUUUUGGACGCCAUGGACUUUUCAAAGUUUCCAGGCAGAAAGAACAGUCAAAAUGCAGGCAGGGCACAGGACAAAGCAUUAGGGACAAAAUGUAUGUGAAAUGCUUUGAAACAUGAAUGUCAGUUUUUAAAAAUGUUAAAAUUUCUCGCUGGUUCCGGCCCCGUACGUCCCGACGCUCGCAGGGAACGGAACCUGGAAAACGGAUGCUGGUAUCAGCCGGAGGAGAUGGCCAGGGACGCUUCAGGGGACACAU